CCUGCACACCCACACCGGAUGUGACUCGCCAACAGCUAGAAGAAGAAGACGAGGAGCAGCUCUGGAUGUACAAUCAAACAAUAUUUCUUCUGAGAAUGCGCUAAAAUAGUGCCGAGGGACCCGCUGAGCACCAUGGCGAACCAGAGGGUGCUCCCCCAGAGCAAGGAGACGCUGCUGCAGAACUACAACAAGAGGCUCAAAGACGACAUCAGGUCCAUCAUGGACAACUUCACGGAAAUCAUCAAAACUGCAAAGAUAGAGGAUGAGACUCAGGUGUCUCGACCCACGCAGGCAGAGCAGGACCACUAUGAGAUGCACGUCAGAGCUGCGAACAUCGUUCGUGCCGGCGAGUCGCUGAUGAAGCUGGUGUCGGAUCUGAAACAGUUCCUGAUCCUGAACGACUUUCCCUCGGUGAACGAUGCCAUCAGUCAGCAGAACCAGCAGCUCCGGGCGCUGCAAGACGAGUGCGACAAGAAGCUGACGUCGCUCCGCGAUGAGAUCGCCGUCGACCUCUAUGAGCUAGAGGAAGAGUACUACUCCUCCAGGUACAAAUAGGCUCAGACCUGCCCCCAUCCCGCCGCCCCAGUCUCGCCCCAUGGCCAGCUCUGAUGGGUACCGUCUCAGGUUCUAACCCAGUUACUGCUGAGCCUGUGUAAAGGCUCUCGGUCUGAGAUCCUUUCACGUCGUCAUCCUCCAAACAGAUGUUUUCAUCCACGCACAUCACUGCCGAAGGUCAUUUUUACUGAGUUCAUUUUCUUCAGUGCCUUUAUGAUGCUACUGUUUACUAAGUGCCUUGUCAUUUUUAUUUUUUUUUUCAUAGUAAAGUUCUGAAAGGGGCAAACACUACAUGUCAGCUCUAUCUGCAUAUCCAACUCAGUCUGCAGGUCCACAUGUUCAUCACCCACGUUCUGGUGGCACCCUUAUAAACCCAAGAGGUUGACAUCUUAAAUGCUGUGCCAAAGUAUUCCUACUUCAUUUCACAUUGGAACCAAAAAGCUCUAUUUAAUUGUGAAUUUAUGUGAUGCACCAAUUGAAAGCAGUGUGUAAGUGGAAGCAAUUUUACGUGGUUUGACAUUUUACAGAUUAUUAGAAACGGAACAUUUUGACACACAUUUCUAUUCAGCUCCCCUGACUCGAUCAGAUUGGGCGGAGGGCAUUCCUGAACAUCAAUGUUCAGGUUUUCCCCCAUAUUCUCAAGGAAAGUUAGGUCUGGAGUUUGAGCCGUUCUAACAUCUUAACAUGCUUUCAUCUUAACGGCUGCAUGUAGCCGUGGACGUAUGUUGAGGGUCGCCGUCCCGCAGAAAGCUGAACUUCAGUCUUUUGUGGCCCCUAACAUGUCGACUUCCACUGUUGCCUGUAUAGAGCUCCGUCUUCUUCCCCUCAACUCUGAGCAGCUUUUAUAGGCCUGCAGAAGAAAAGCAUCCCCACAGCAUGACGCUGCCAACACCAUGUUUCACUGUAGAAGUGGCUCUGUUAGUUUUCUGGAUCACGUAGCCAAAAAGUUCCUUGUUUUUGUCUUUUCAGGGGACCACACUUUCACUACAACUCCAUUAUGGUUCUUGGUUUGAACAGCGCUCCAUUAAGACAGCUGGUUCCACCUGGACUUUAAAUAGCGGGGGAAUCAUAGUAAAGGGGAUGAAUAUUAUUGCAUUUCUCACCUGAUUUUAUUUGUAAAAGAACAAAAAGCGGCAUUUUCCUUCCACUUCACUGCUUUGUGUUGGUCUGUCACAUGAAAUUCACUGUAGUUUGUGGCGCCAACGUUAGAAAGUACAAAUGUUAUGAAUACUUUAGCCAGCCACUGUAUUUACUGCUGUUUUUAUCAGAACUUCUUACUCGUUAUUUUCUGCUGCCUCCAAUGGAUUUGAGACAUUUUAGCAUACGUGACAGAGAUGACUAUUUAAAUUGUUAAAAGAAUAUAUAUAUAUAUUGAUUUAUUCAUUAAGUUGUUGGAAGCAACAUAAAGUUCUAUAUAACGUAGGAAAAUAUAUUAGAAGAAAAAGUAAAGCAAUAUGAAAAUAGUCUGUGCUAGAAUUUAUGAGUAAUUUGUAGCUGGACCCAGAUCAGUUUUAAUUUAUCUGAUUAGGUUGAAUCUAAACUGUUUUUUUUUUUUUUUUUUUUUUUUUAUGUAGAUGUGUUCUGACAAAGGCAGAGAUAAGAUUUGUUGUUUCCGUCCAAUCUGUAACCAUGGAAGCGGUUCAGAGGACUUAAAAUGAUUGAGAAAUAAAGGGAGACAAAACGCUGCA